GGAAACAAACCUAAGCCUAUAUACUUAUGAAAUUAUGUUUGUUAGGAAGUAUUCCAUGUACCAAGUUUAUUAGAAUAGUUAAUGUCCAGUAUUUAAGCACGUACUAUAAAUGUCAAUGUCAUUGUAAAAUCGGUCAGGGUGGUUUUUAUCAACUACGUUCUAAAAUUUCCAUGAUGGUGUGUGCGUGUUUGCAGUAUAUAUAGGAUAACUUACUGUAAAGUUUUAGAAAAACAUAUGUAUCAAAUAUGUCAUAUGUCAGUACAACUUACAAUAGUAAUAUUACAAUACUAUACAGACAAGAGGUUCGCCUUGUUGACGGUUACGAUUUACCUGUUUAUGGAAUAAGUGACGAUACUUUUUACAUAGUUCAUAUCCCAGCUAUAGCAUGUAUAUGUAUCAGUUUCAUAUGUGCAGUAGCAGUGAUUGGGUAUUCUUUUUAUCACCAAAACUGUUCUACGUUCUUCCAAUGGACUAAAAGUGAAAGAUUUGUUGUGUACAUGGCUCUAUGUGAUGCUUUGUUUAACAUUUCACAUUUUUGUGAUCACACACACAUUGUUGUUACAAAAUCUUUCCCAAUGCCGAAAUCUCUAUGUGCAUUCUACGGAUUCAUAUUAGCAGAAUUUGUAACAGCUCAAAACUUAAUGGUCAAUAUUGUUGCAAUAAAUGUGUUUGUAUUAAUAUAUUUUCGAAAACAGAUAGACUUCGGUCGAUGGGAUUAUCGACUUUUGGUAUAUGUUUUCGGUGUUCCUGCAGUAGGAGCAACGAUUGCAGCUACGCUAGGAAAAUUUUGUCCGAGUGGAGCAUUUUGUUACAUCGACGCAGUUAAAGGACAAAUGACAUAUAUUUUCUUCACGACAGUACCUUUACUACUCAUAUUAGUGAGUAAUACAGUCAUGUAUAUAGUCAGUUGGUUUCGAAUAUAUACAGAAACACGUGAAAUCAAAAGCUCGCUUGGAAAAUCAUCAAGAGCUAUACGAGCAUCACAUAAAGCUGCAAAAACAAUGUCGUUGUUUGUGACUGCAUUCUUUGUCCAAUGGUGGGCUCUUGCUGUUUAUGGCUUAUUGCAACUGAUAGGAAGCGUACCAGCAAUUAUGGUAAAUCUUACCACAACAUUUUCAAACAUUGGAGGUCUUCUAAAUGGAAUUGUGUUUAUAACUAUAAUACGAAGGAAAAGAGAGAAAUCAGAAGAGAAAGGAUCAAGCGAUAAAGCAGGAUCCGGCGGUACGACUAGUUCACAUAUCAAUUCUAAGGUUCACUCGACAAAUACACAAAGUGCUGUUUGAAUUGUUGAAUUCUGAUAUAU